UAGUUGGGUAUGAUUUCGAAAGAUGAAGUCGUUCACAGCAGUUUCAGUCGUCUGCUUGGCCCUUUGUGCCUUGGGCAGCCCAGUAACGCAACAAAAGUUUGCCGAUAAGGAUUUCUUGGAAAAGCAAAAGUUUGUCUUGGAAGUCCUGCAGCAUGUCUAUCAGGAUGAUGUGUUUGUGACCAAAUUCGAUGAGACCUAUGCCACCUACCUGCCAUGGGAACACUUGGAGGACUACAACAAUGCCGACAAAUUGACCGAGUUCUUCGAUCUGUGGCAACACAAGCCACUGUGUGACGAGGUUGUAUUCUCUCCAGUCUACGCCAACCAUGUUGAGUACGCUUUGGGUUUGGGACGUUUGUUCUACUUCGCCAAGGACUGGAAGGCCUUCACCCAUGCUGUGUACUGGGCCCGCGUCCACGUGAAUAAGCAACUAUUUGUGUACGCCCUUAACUUGGCCACUGUUCUGCGUGACGACUUACACGGUGUGACUACCCCUGCUGUGUACGAGGUCCUGCCAUGGCAUUUCUUCGAUGUGGAAACUGUGACCAAAGCUGAACACCAAGCCCUCCACGGAUUCCACAAUGUCAAGCAGUUGGACAACGUCUUCAACGUAGUCGUCAAGUCCAACUACAGCAACGUGUACGACAAUGUUAACUACGACCACACCUUGGCAUAUUUCACCGAAGAUGUUGGCCUCAACGCCUUCUACUACUACUACAACCUGCACUACCCCUACUGGACCAAGGGUCCUGAGACUCAUGAAUUCAGCAAGGACCGUGUGGGUGAGUUGUAUUUGUACUUGCACAGGCAAUUGUUGGCUCGUUACUAUUUGGAACGUUUGUCCAAUGAUUUGGGUGAAGUACCGCAAUUGAACGUGUACCAGAACUACGAACCCGGGUACUACAGCAAUUUGGCCUACUACAAAGGUGUCAGCUUCCCCGAUCGGCCCAAUGACUACAACUUCUAUAAUAGUGGAAACUACGAUUUGGUGAAAGAGCUUGAAUUCUAUUUAAAACGCGUUGCUGAUUUUGUGGACACCACCACCGAUGACUUCCGGACUGCGGUGGAGAAGCUUGGAAAUACUUUGCAGGGCAAUUCCUUUAGCCUGGACAAGAAACUGUACGGCAGUCUUGAUAAUCUUCUUCGCGAGGUUGUCAACGAAGGACGUUACUAUGGCAAAUUCGGCGAUGUUUUGCCUGGCACAUUGUCGCAGUAUGAAACCUCUUUGCGCGAUCCUUUGUUCUAUUCUCUGUACAAGGAACUUGUCGGUUAUUAUUGGCGUUUAGCUGGAAACUUCCCUGAGUACCAGAAGAAGGAUCUAGAAUUCCCUGGUGUAACUCUCGAUACAGUCCAUCUGCCCGAAAAAUUGACCACCUUCUUUGAGUAUUUCGAUUCCGAUGUGAGCAACCUUGUUGACGUUGCUACUCCUGCUGUUGAAGGUUCCUCUGAUGCUUUGUACACAUUCGGACGCAACUCGGUCUACGAAGGUCAUAGUUUCGUGGUCAAGGCACGCCAAAAGCGCGUCAAUCAUCAACCAUUCGAAUUCACUUUGGACGUCACUUCGGAUAAGACCCAGAAAGCAGUCGUCAAGGUAUUCCUCGGCCCCAAAUACGAUGAGAAUGGUCAUGUGCUGAAUUUGGAGGACAACUACCAAAACUUCUUUGAAUUGGAUCACUACGUCGUUGACUUGGUUGCUGGUGUAAAUCACUUGAAACGCAGUUCCGAAGAAUUUGCCUGUUCUACAAAUGACCAGACCACAUACUUCGAGCUGUACAAGAAGCUGUUUGAUGCCACCAAUUCCGAUUAUCAAUUCCCCCUUACUUCUGGUCAAUGCGGUUUCCCUCGUCGCUUGCUUCUGCCCUUGGGCAAGAAGGGAGGUUUAACAUACCAGUUCUUCUUUGCCGUAUACCCAUACCAUGCUCCUGAAGUAGCUCAGUUCUCGACAUACGACCCUGCCGUAAGCUGUGGUGUUGGUUCUGGCAGUCGCUAUGUGGACGCCUUGCCCUUGGGAUAUCCUUUGGAGCGUCCAGUCCUACAUGAUUACUACUUCAAUGUUGGAAAUUUCAAGUUUUACGAUGUGACCGUUUACCACAAAGAAGAUACUACUAAUGUAGUCUAAAGACGAAGCCGAUGCGUUGGCAACGAAUUGAAUGUUUAAAAUUCAAAAAUUAAUUGGCUUAAAAUUCUUUCAAUUUUUGUAUUUUUUUGAACAAAAAAAAAAAAAAUAUAUAAAUAAAUUAAUGGAAAUUUAA